GCUAUCGGACAUCAUUUGUCGCGCGGUACAGCCGUCAAUACAAUCAGCAAGCAAUACGUUAACGCGCGGCUCGACGUUGCGCGGAGACAACGGUGAUUAUGCAGUGCCACAUCCCCAUCCCCAUACGCAUCACUACAUGACGACCACGUCGCAGUCCACGAUCGAUACGCCGCGUUCCUUGAGUCGCGUUGGCUCGUGUCCCGGAUCGACGCGUGGCUCGAUUCACGGCUCAAAUUCGGGAUCGAGUCCUGGCGCCGAUAUUCAUAGCAUGCAUCACGGCAGUCAUCCGAGUGUGCUGGAAAUGAGUUCGCUCGGAGGCACGGGCGGGUAUAAUAGUGACACGUUACACAGUCGUACGAGUGGUCGGAGUACCAAUAACUAUGCUACAAGUCAAUUCGAUUGUGCACAUUAUGACCGGAUGCCGAUACCGAUUCCCGUGCAAAUUCCAAUUGUGCCACCGCCGCCGCCGAUGAACCUGCAUUCGGAGGAGGAAAUUGAACCAGCUUAUGCGACAGUUUUCCCUAAUGUACCAUCAGCACCGGGAAUGUCAUGCGUCGGCGAAGACCGAAGCAUUUACCGUCGUGGAGCCCGAAGAUGGAGGAAGCUGUAUCGUAUUAACGGUCAUAUAUUCCAAGCGAAGCGCUUUAAUAGGCGAGCCUUUUGUGCAUACUGUCACGACCGAAUAUGGGGCUUGGGUAGACAAGGAUUUAAGUGUAUUCAAUGUAAAUUGCUGGUGCAUAAAAAGUGUCACAAGCUAGUACAAAAACCGUGUAGUAAUGAACAUGUUGAACCAAUUAUGGCAAAAGAACGAGAUGAUGUGAACGGUGAGGCGCAAUCAGAAGUUAUUAUGCCAGCCAACUCGUUGCCGACACUCGACUACGGGCAGGAUAUCACGGAAAAUUGCGAUCAGGUGGCUGUUGAAAUACCGCCGAGUGGCACGGAGGAACAACUAGAGCCCGGCACACAACGACAGUAUUCACUUAACGAUUUCGAGCUAAUUAGGGUAAUUGGACGCGGUAGUUAUGCAAAAGUGCUAAUGGUGGAGCUCAAGAAGACACGUCGCAUCUAUGCAAUGAAGGUGAUUAAAAAGGCAUUAGUAACAGAUGACGAGGACAUCGAUUGGGUUCAAACGGAAAAACAUGUCUUUGAAACGGCAUCUAAUCACCCAUUUUUAGUGGGAUUACAUUCGUGCUUCCAAACACCAUCACGCCUAUUUUUUGUAAUUGAAUUUGUGCGUGGUGGUGACUUGAUGUUUCAUAUGCAACGACAACGUCGUUUACCCGAGGAACAUGCACGCUUUUAUGCAGCUGAAAUUAGUUUAGCACUCAACUUUUUACAUGAAAAGGGUAUCAUUUAUCGUGACUUAAAAUUAGACAACGUGCUGUUAGAUCAUGAGGGUCAUAUUAAAUUGACUGAUUACGGUAUGUGUAAGGAGGGAAUACGGCCUGGCGAUACGACAUCCACAUUUUGUGGUACGCCAAACUACAUCGCUCCUGAAAUUCUGCGUGGGGAAGAUUACGGAUUUUCCGUUGAUUGGUGGGCUUUGGGUGUUUUGUUGUACGAAAUGUUGGCGGGACGGAGUCCCUUCGACAUUGCUGGGGCUUCCGAAAAUCCAGAUCAGAAUACUGAAGACUACCUAUUCCAAGUUAUAUUGGAGAAGACAAUACGUAUUCCACGUUCGCUUAGUGUAAAAGCCGCCUCAGUACUUAAAGGUUUCUUAAACAAAAAUCCAGCUGAUCGUCUUGGGUGUUCACGUGACUCUGCCUUUAUGGAUAUCGUCAGUCAUCCAUUCUUCAAAAGUAUUGACUGGGAAAUGCUUGAGUCUAAGCAAGUCAGUCCUCCGUUUAAGCCAAGGUUAGAUUCGGAACGGGAUCUGGCUAAUUUCCCGCCCGAAUUUACGGAUGAACCGGUACACUUGACGCCAGAUGACGACAGGGUUAUAGAUAAGAUAGACCAGUCAGAAUUCGAAGGUUUUGAAUAUGUUAAUCCAUUGCUCAUGUCAUUGGAGGAUUGCGUCUGACACCACGAGACGUGCCAAUUACAUCCAUACAAUAAUAUGCAACAAUAUUAUUGUGACGAUUCUAGCGAAUAUGAUUCCGUUGUGGAUGAUUUAAGUAUUCUUCAAUUACCUCCUCCACCAUCCAAAAGUCUACUUCAGCACAUGUUUUGCCUUCCAUUGAAUUAAGUAUAAGCAAAAAAAAAACUAAAAAAAAAAAAAAAAAAAUUAAAAAAAUUAAAUUAAGAAAAAAACAAAAGGAAUGAACAAAAAAAAAACGAUAGGGAAAAAUUAAUAACAAAAUAAAAAAAAAUUAAAAUAAAAAAUGCAUGAAAUUAGCUAACAAAAAAAAUCAACCUGUUGAAAAUUUUACGAAACAAAAAUUACAAA